AUGAUGAUGUCUCGAACAGCCGUGCUGACGGUGCUGGGAGCGCUGGCAGUCGCAGUCGCUGCAUCACAGACAACGCGCUGGACCGUGCGCAUCGUUCUCGGUUCCGUGAAUCAGCUGCCAUCCAGUUUCCAGUUUGUGAGCGAGCAACAGCGUCAGGGCAGCGUCUUCUUUGUCUCCGACUCUGGCAGCAACCAGCUCACAUCGGACUCACAGACAAGCUUGGAGAACCAAUUCAAUACCCUGGAUCCUGAUGGACAAACUCAAACGCAGUUUGUGCAGUUUGAACAAGAGGAUGGCUCCGAUGACUUUGUGCUGCAGCUUGAUCUCACCAACAACGGCACAGACCCGACGUCCCUCUUCCAACAACUCCAAAACAUCACGAUCAUGUUCCAGGAUGAGGAAGUCACGUUCAUGAUCAACAACGGCAACAACUCCACAAACAACACAAACAACACAAACACAGAUACGCCAAUUCAGAUUGCACCUCGCACGACAAACAACGAUGACAACGUGCCCGUGAUUCUUGGCGCCAUCUUCGGCACCCUCGCCGGCCUCAUACUCAUCGCCUUUGUUGUUCUCUACGUGAAACGCGCGAAACACAAGCAGAGCGCUGUCGCCGACACAGAGCUCGACCGCGUCCGCACCGUCAGCAGAUCGGAUGCAAAGCGCCAUGAAGAACAACAGCAGCAGCAGCAGCAGCAGCAGCAGCAGCAAGCGAAAGCCGAGGAGGAGCCAGCAAAGCAGCCCGAGCAGCUGCAGCACCCGGAACCCGAGCCAGCGCCCGAGCCAGAGAAGGAGGAGGAGGAGGAGGAGGAGGAGGCCCCUGAUGGUGACGAUGAAGAUGAGGAGCAGGAAGAGGAGAGCCCUGCUGACCGCAAGCUGUCUGCACCGGGCGAGGACGACAUUGCACACCGCCGCGCAUCAUACCGCUGGAACGCCACUGCCAACGCUGUCGCCGACCCCACGCCAGGAGGCGAGGUGGUUGAGAACAGCUUUGACCGCGUGGUGGACGAGGCGCACAAGCAGCAGGUAGCGGGCACACUCGGCGCCGAGCAGCAGAACGACGAGGACGACACGAGCGAGGAGCGCAGGCCGUCUGAUGACAUCGCACACGAGCGCGCGGAAUACCUGUGGAACGCCACUGCAAACGCUGUCGCCGACCCAACCCCAGGUGGCGAGGUGGUCGAGAGCAGUCUUGACCGCGUGGUGGACGAGGCGCAGAAGCAGCACCGUGCCUCUGAGACGAACAACUAA